GAGAGAAGCGACAGAAAGUGCAGCAGAGGGAUGAAACGUGAACUUGAGUCAGGGGGCGCACAGCAGCAGAGACGCCCACAGACGGGAGGCAGAGAGACGCGCUAUAAAACAGUGACUCGGUAUAUGAGUGUCAGUGGGGAUCCUUCACAACCUUCAAGCCACCAUGAAACAGCCACACGGACUCAGACAUGGAAAAUACUCCGCAAAGGACAUCGAUGCCUUGGACUUUAUCAAAAGGAAACAUGAUUUCUGAUCUCAAGAAAAAGACAUUUGUUUUUGGACUUUCCUGAAAUUGUUUCAUAGCCCCUGUCUGUGGAGUAGCCUAUCUCUGGAUAUCUGUUUGACAAGCAAAACUAUCUUCUGGUUCUUCAGCUGCACUGAGACGGAUAUCUGAACUAUGUAAUGCCUCCCUUAACUAUGGACCUCAUGACCUUCAAGGUUCAGUGAUGUUAGCUUUGAGCCACUACAACUCCUCAGCCUCCCCGCUUCUCCCUCCUUUCUCUAAUGACAGUGGAGGGAAGGUGGAGGCCAGGGUGAUGGUAGAAGGGCUGUCGCAGCAGGGGAACCUCACCUUGGUGCAGCCCACCACCAGUGGCAUCAUUGUCGUCAUAUUGUCCAUGACACUGGGCAUCAUCUCCAACAUCGUGGCCCUCUUCAUCCUGGUCAAUGCCUACUCCCUCCAGCGCCGGCGCACCAAAGCCACAUUCCUUCUGUUUGCCACUUCACUGGUGGUCACAGAUUUCAUUGGCCACGUGAUCCCUGGUGCCCUGGUUCUCCGACUCUACCUCUCUGGAGGUGUGCAAACCGAGGACUUCUACUCUUCUGAUAGGAUGUGUCAGUUCCUGGGUGGCAGCAUGGUGUUCUUUGGCCUGUGCCCACUCUUCAUGGGCUGUGCCAUGGCUGCUGAGCGCUGCCUGGGCGUCACUAAGCCGCUGCUGCACUCUUCCCUAGUCACCAAAACCCGCACAAAGAUCUGCCUGUCUGUCAUCUUGCUGGCAGCUCUGUGUGUGGCCAUGCUGCCGUGCUUCCAGCUGGGCUCUUACACCUAUCAGGACCCAGGGACCUGGUGUUUCAUUAAAGUGCUCAGUGACACUGAGGAGGUGGAUGUGGCGUUUGUGGUGCUGUUCUCUGGACUAGGUCUGACCUCGCUAGCUGUGGCGCUGGUGUGUAACACCAUCAGUGGACUGACGCUGGUGCUCGCUCGGCUCAGGAGGCAGCCCGGCUCCCAUCACUCGGCCAAGUCCCAUGACAUAGAGAUGGUGGUGCAGCUGGUCGGCAUCAUGGUCACCUCAUGUAUCUGCUGGAGCCCUCUUCUGAUCUUUGGCCUGAUGUCCGUGAUCAGCUCCUACACAGGAUCUAUUGGAGAGGACCUGUCCAACUAUAAAACCCUGAUGGUGAUGGGCGUGAGGCUGGCCACAUGGAACCAGAUCCUCGACCCCUGGGUUUACAUCCUGCUGCGCCGCACCGUCCUACGCAAGAUCUACCUCAUCGCUAAGUGCCAGGCAGGCCUAAGGGGUAAUAUAAUAGGCCGCUGGGAGCCCACCUCUUUUCCCAGCUCAGAGAAGAAUGAAGUCAACCAAGUUUGAGAUGAGAGAAAGACUGAUAUAGUACUUUGUGAAUGUACUUUGUCACCAGGUCGUUGAACAUAUGAAGAACUUGCCGUACAAAGACGUUUAGAAGGAGAGACCCACAGAGAAGCAUGUGUAAGGAACUAACUUUGUGGCUGUGAUGGUGGAGCCGAUCAGAUUAGACAUGCACUUUGACAUUUCUCGGCUGGUCCACUUUAGAAAUGUUUAAUGGAUUCAAUCAAAAUAUCUUCAUACUCCAUCAAAGUUUUACAGUGAGUUCAUUGUCUGACCUUACAGAUGGAAGCUACCUAAUGCUAUGAUUUUGCACAAAAUAUCAUAAACGUUCUACCGUUUACUUAUAAUAAGUGAACAUUCCUUGUUAUUAUUACAUUCUCAUUUGGAAAGUCAUGGCCACAGUACAUGAACACAGUACUAACCACACUCUGUCCUGAGAGACUCUAAGGUUUGCAGGACUGAUACUUAUAGAGGGACUGAGUAUUAUUUGGUUUUAUUUCUCAACCUCAUUUUUACCAGCUUUGAAAGUAAAAAAUAAAUUGCACAGUGACUUGCUCUUACAUUAUACAAAUGUGGAAGAAUUGAGCUGUAUCAGUAUAACCAUCAGAGGGAGCUCCAGAGUAAAACCAGAAGUAUUUAGAGUAUAUUUGUGAUGUUAAUUAUUCUGCUGAAUGUAUUUCAUGAAGGAAUGUUAAUAUUCAGAUACUGUGGAGUUUAUGUAUGUUUAAGCGAGUUUAUGCUUUCCAUGUGCUUUAUACAGUGCUUUAUGUGAAAUAAUGUAAGAUUUUAUAAGUUAAUACUUGAAUUGUACCCUCAAUUUACUGAGGAUAUGAAAAUAACUUUAAAUUGAAUUGAAUGUAAAUAAAACAAUGCAAUGUGACUUUA